AUGUCAUUUGCUGAUAUUGAACUCUUUCUUACAAAUACCCCCGCUCCCAGCGGCACUGCUCAAGAUCUAUUUAAUGAAUUACGAUUCGGGCAGCGUGUUUGCCGAGUCGCUUGGUCGGCGCAAAACAUCAUUGCAUGGGUGCUACCAAAGAAGAAAAGUUCCGGCACUACUAUUGAAAUACUCAAACCGUUCCGCAAGCAUAAUUCCAAAAAGAAACAGCCACAACAACGACAAGUUUUUACCAAAUGGACUUUUCCACAGCAAGCAACAACUCCGUCAAUGGUGAUCGAAACGGACGAAUAUCAUUCCGGCAAUGAUAUUGUCAAUGUCGUGUUCAAUCAACUUGGAAAUGGACUGGCAUCGAUCGAUCGAACUGGUAAGAUUGUGGUUUGGACCGUUGAAGAAUUUAUUAAUGAAUGGAAAGAGAUUUGGAAUGUGGAUGUCAAAGAGCCGGUGGUGGCAUUUUGGUGGUUGGCGACUGAACGGAAGUGGGAAUUUUCAAGUACUGGAUAUCGUCGUGCUCCAUUCAAAGGACCCAGAAAUCGUUAUGGAAAUCUGGCUUUCGUUGUUGUUACAUCGAGCGGCAAGGUUUUGUUGUACUAUCAACAAGAAAAAGCGAAAUUCUUGUCUAGUACUGCACAAUUAGAUGUGGAAUCAAACAGUGUUAUUACACAUGCUGAUUACAUGUUAAAUAAUGAUGGACGCUUUAUAUUAUCGACAUACAACGCCAACUCAUUAUCUCAAGUCGCAACAAUUUUUGAAAUUUUUAUCGAUUUAUUACUUCUGGAUGAAAUGAGUCAGAAACACCAUCACCACCUCCAUCACCCCCAAACGAGUCCUCUCCAAUGUUGGAUGAUUGCCAACGUAGACAUAUUAGGACCGAAUAGAGUGUUAAAUAGUAGUAGUGCGGUUGUUGAUGAUCUACAUGCUGAUGAUGGUAAUGGAGGAGGUGGUCCAUUGAUUCAUAUGAAGUUAUUUUCUGCUGUGCCUGAUAGUGAUGCUAUUCGUAUGGUUUUGGUUACUGCGCAGGAGGAAGGGAAUACUAAAGAAAGCAUUUCUUACAACAGUCAUUUAACUUUAUACGAAUUUAAUAAAAGUGAACCAUUUUUGCUCGAAACGGAAGAAAAUAAAAUGUUAAAUAGACGAACUUCGCGGAUUUUGACUCGUAUAAGUAUUCAAAAAAGAUUGAUAACGCAUUUAUGGCAGCAUCAAGAAGAAUUGCUUGUUGGUUUCGAUAAUGGGAAUUUUGAAUUCCGUAGAUGCUCUAAUUUGGAUCCCAUAAUCACGGACAAACCAGCAAUCAUCGCAAACCUAGAAAACAAGUUCCUGCCAACACCAAGCGCUUGGGGAAUCCGAAACAACAAAGGUCGUGAUAAAGACGGUGAUAAUAGCAUUGCAGAAGUAUCAAUCUCACCAAAUGGUACAGUUCUUCUAUGUGCUCGAUCAUCCGGGAAAGUAGAUUUUUUUGAUAUUGCAGAUACUACGAUGUUUUCAUAUCUGAAAACUUAUGAGCAAUCGUCAUCGAUCGUUGAGCUUUUCGCCAGACUGUUGACAUUGUCGAUAUUGAAUAAUGUUGAACAUACAGAUCUGGAAAAUGUGAUCGUUAAACUUGCGCUGGAGCAUGGAAAAAAUGAUUUUAUUGAGCUCGUUCUCGAAAAUACCUUGUCGAAUAUUGAAGGAAUCUUUCCAACAGCACGAACUAAUACUUCGUCGGAUUUUUUUGGUAGAUUGCUAGGAGUACAACUAUCAUUAUUUAAAACAUCAAGCGGUGAAAGUAUUCAAUAUUUGAAUGCAUUAGCAUUUUUGCAGCUUAGAGCCGUAGAUGCGGCGUUUAGAAAUAGCUACGUGAUUCGGAAUCAAUCAAUGAUCUUUUCUUCUGAUGCCUUGCUUUCACUUCUAUAUUUAACUUCAUGGGUUGUAGAUUUUGCUGUGAAUUUAGUGCGGAAUUUAUAUGAACAUUACUUUAGUUUCCCAAAAGAUCGCAAACCAGAAAAAUCACACCUUACCCUUCUAUAUAAUUCUCAAAGCCGCACAUGGCUUAAGAAUGUCUUACAAUAUGUGAGCGACUUCAGAAAAUACAUCGCGUCUAUUGCAGGAUCAAAGAAUAUUCGACGCAUGCGUGACUACCUAGAAAAAGACAUUCUCGAAAAACGUUGUCCAAUCAAGUGGGAUUGUUUGCUUGAAUAUGUCAGUAACGUUACUGACGUAAUUGAAGCAGUGGCAAAAGAUGCACCUGAGUUUACACGUUUAGAAUAUAGUGCGAUGCUUCGGUGCACCGUUCCCCGAGAUUUCCAUACAACCCUUCAGGAAACCGAAAAUCUUUUCAAAACAUUUGUUCAUACAUUUAAACCGAAUGUCGUGUACUUUUAUAAAAAUGAUUGGGCGAAAUUGGUGGAUGUCGUUAACAAAGCUCGUGAUAUUCAUCCGGAUCGUCAAUGCACUCGUUGUGGCUCUUUUUCUUCGACACAUGACCAUAUAAAUAGUCGAUGGUCGAAUAAUUACGUUAGAUCCUGUGUCUGUGGAGGAUUCUGGCGGAAACUUUCUCAGAACUAA